AUGGCACAGCCUACUUGCACACGUCAGCAAUUCCUUUCCUGUUUCGUUACACCCACGAGUCUCUCGCCAUCUACGCCAACGGACUGCCCAAUCUGCAGAGAAGAUUACGACGCCACUUCCGAUACCAGAUGUGCCGUUACCUUCUCUGACGGAGCUACCUGCGAGCAUGUCUUCUGCAAAGAUUGCAUCACGGUCUGGUUGAGCCAGGUCGGCGUCAACACGUGUGCGAUGUGCCGGAGACAGCUUUUCUCCUUGCAAGAAGACAACAUUGACUAUGAAGACCACUACGACGAACAGCAUGAUGAAGGCUACGAGGAAGUCGACGAAGACAAUGUAGAAGACUAUCUCCGCACAUUGACAACAAGAGACACUCAAGACACGGACGGUGAAACCAGGCGCAACGCCUUUGAAGCCACACGCCAGGAGCCCCUGUUCUCCGCCGAGGAAAUCAACAAGCUACUCGAGGAUACCUGGUCCAAGACUUGGUCGAUGCUAUCUUCGUACCGGUACCAUAUGUGGCGUUCAUGGCAAGCUCCUCGUAUCACGUCUCGGCGGUUACGCCACGCGUUCCACGCCGGCAAUGCAGAUGAACUGUACAGUAGCUUGUCUGAGUAUGAGCGUCGUAUGAUGGAUUCGCUCUGUCCAACCGCGGACAACAUCGUGCAUUCUUUCUUCGACAUUGCUACGCACAUCUCGUCACGCCAUGGCGUCGUCGACGUCGAGAGUUUGCUAAGCGAGAACAUGCUCGAGGCGCUUGAGAGGCUACUGUGCGACAUGCGGGAGCAGCAAAAGGGACACAUUCGGUUCACGGGCGGGUUUGGUGAAAUGCCCAUGUACCAAUUUUGGAGAAGGGCAAAGUGGGAUGCUGCUUUGGCGCACAUUCUAACUAUGAAUUGGAUUUGA